AUGAGAGGACCACGCCCACUUGGCGUAGUGAUCAAGUUGGGGACGAGCUCCAUCGUCGAUGAGAAAACCCAUGAGCCUCUCCUUUCCAUCCUGACGUCAAUAGUGGAAACGGCAGUAAAGCUGAGGAAGGAUGGACACAAGGUCAUUAUCGUUUCGUCGGGCGCCAUUGGUGUUGGGCUGCGUAGGAUGGAUGUCGAGAAGCGACCGAAGCACUUGUCGAAACUGCAGGCCCUUGCAGCCAUCGGCCAAUGCCGCCUGAUGAGCCUUUGGGACAGCUUGUUUACUCAUCUAAACCAACCCAUCGCCCAGAUUCUUCUGACGAGAAACGAUAUCGCCGAUAGGUCACGCUAUCUCAACGCUCAGAGGACCAUUAACGAGCUGCUGGACAUGGGCGUCAUCCCCAUCGUCAACGAGAACGACACGCUGGCUGUGUCCGAAAUCAAGUUUGGUGACAAUGAUACCCUUUCAGCCAUCACGGCUGCCAUGGUCCACGCCGACCUCCUUUUCCUCAUGACCGACGUCGACUGCCUGUACGACAAGAACCCGCGCACCCAUCAGGACGCUCACCCUAUCGAGGUGGUCGAAGAUAUUGGGUCUCUAGUGGCGGAUGUGUCAAGCGCCGGCUCCUCUCUCGGCACAGGUGGCAUGUCGACCAAAAUCGUCGCCGCCCGUCUCGCCACAUCAGCAGGCGUCACCACCGUAAUCACCCGAUCCUCCAACCCCGGCAACAUCGUCAACAUCGUCAAGCACAUCCAGGCCAGCCGCUCCCCAGCCUCGCCCGCCUCAAGAGCCAGCACCCACACCCCCGGAACCCACGACAAGCUACCCCGAAUCCAAAGCAGCGACGCCUUCUCCAAGAUCCAAUCCCACGCACAUGUCGAGCCCGACCGCGCACCAACCCCUACGCCGAAAUCCAUCCCGCUCCACACCCGCUUCCUCCCUUCUCCGCAUCCCGUACGGGACCGCUACUUCUGGAUCCUGCACGGUCUGCGUCCCCACGGCACGCUGUAUAUCGACCAGGGCGCGUACAAAGCACUCGUGGGCAAAGCUGGUCUUCUUCCCGUAGGCGUGGUCGGAGUUGAGGGGAACUUUGCACAGCAUGAGGCUGUGAGGCUCUGUGUGGUAGAUCGGAAGAAAGGGAAUGGCGGUGGGGUGAAGAAGGAAGGAGAGAACGGAACCAGUAGAGAUGGAGAGGAGGAAGGUCCAGGAGGAGAGGUGGUCGGUUGGGAGGGCGAGCCGAGGGAGGUAGGACGCGCGCUGAGCAAUUACUCGAGUACAGAGGUCGCGCGGAUCAAGGGGAAGCAAAGUGCUGAGCUAGAAGGGAUUCUGGGGUAUGUGGAUAGCGAGUAUGUGGCGCAACGGGAGAGUAUUAGCUUCUUUGAUGUGAGGGAAAGCCGGUCGGCGACGCCGGUGAAGGAGAUCAUGGAGGGGAAGGGGAUUGGGGGGUAUGAGGGGGAGGGUGCGGUGCUGUGA